UACAGAACAGCGGAAGUACAGAUGAGAUGUCAGAACAUUAAUAAAGAAGAGUAUUAGAGGAGCUGUGAGACCAAAGUUACUGGUGCAUCCAAUCCAAUGAAUGUUGCUCGAGUGAUUCUUGCUCUAGUUUUCUGCACCUUUUUCACAGCAUCUUACUUCACAAAUAAGUAUGUCCUGUCUAUCUUAAAGUUUACAUUUCCAACCAUUUUUCAGGGUUGGCAGACCUCCACUGGGGCUCUCUUGCUACUGGUUACAUGGAAACUGGGUUGGGUUGAAAUCAAUGGCUUUUCCAGAUCUGCAGCUUUUUCCCAGCUUCCUGGGUCCUUCUUAUUUAUUGGUAACAUUUAUGCAGGGUCCAAAGCACUGUCACUUUUGCCCAUUCCUUUUUUCUUCGUGUUACAAAAUGUCUCAGAAGUCUUUGCUUUUCUCAUCGGAACAGCAACUCACAGAGAGAAACCACCAUGGAUGAAAUUAAUAAGUGUGUGUAUGUUGUUGGGAUCUGCCAGCAGCCUUAUGCUAUACAAUCCACGGUUUGGUCCCAGUGGCUACACAUGGGCGUCCAUCCAUCUGUUCUGUGUUGGUGCAUAUAAAGUAUUCCAGAAGAACACAAAGACAAACCUUCUGAGUGAUCUUGAAGAGCAGUUCAUCAAUUACAUGACCAGUGCAUUGUUACUUGCCUCUCUUGCAUACUCGACAGGUGAUCUGUCCGGUGCCUUCGAUUUCCCUCUCCUGACUUCAUACAGGUUCCAUACUGGCUGCUUGGGCAGCGCUAUAUUCAGCUUUUGUCUGAUGUUGGCAACCGUGAAAUUGAAGGGCAGUCUGUCUCAGGAGCACUGUGGCAUCUGGUUCUUCCUGGCUAAGAUACUGGCGUCAGGUCUUUCCCUUUUACUUUCUGCAUUCAACUCUGUGCUCAGCCCCGUGACUCUGUGCUGCAUCAUCCUGAACUAUGCUGGGGAUGCCUUGUUGGUGUAUUCAGACAGAUUUCAAUAAGUUUGUUGAAGAAUAUGGCCAGUGCCUUUGAAGAUUUUCCAAAUAAGUCACGCCAACUCUUUAUAGGGGCUUUAUAAAUUGACCAAAGCCAAUUGCCUCAAUGAGAUUAUUUUCACCUUGCUACACCCAAAAC